AUGCAACAACAACAAAAAUCCAGAGUUCUAGCACCUAGCUCUAGAAAAGUAAAACAAGUCAAAAGUUUACAAUCCUAUUUUCCAUCGGCAACAACACCCAGAGCUCGACCAACUAUCAAAAGCGUUCUUCAAAGCAAAGAAAUUGUGGAGAAGUGUGAUAUUGCUAUUGCGAAAUGGAUGAUGGAUGCCUCUGUUCCAUUUAAUGCGGUUAAUUCAGCUUAUUAUCAGCCAAUGAUUGAUGCUAUUGCAAGCAUGGGUGCAGGGUAUAAAGGGCUAAAUUAUCCAAGAGUCCGUGGGUAUUUGUUGAGUAAAUUAGUUGAGGAUAUGAGGAAAAUGAUUGAUGGUUAUCGUGAGAUUUGGAAACAAACUGGUUGCACUAUUAUGGCCGAUGGAUGGACUGAUUGUUGUAGGCGUACUUUGAUUAAUUUUUUAGUUUAUUGUCCUAAAGGAACUGUUUUUCUAAAGUCAGUUGAUGCUUUUAAUGUCUCAAAAAUUGGUGAUGCUUUGUUUAAGUUGUUUAGGGAUGUUGUAUUGUUUGUUGGUCCUGAGAAUGUUGUGCAUAUUAUAACGGACAAUGCUGCAAACUAUGUUGCUGCGGGAAGGUUGUUGGAGGCUGAGUUUCCUAAAUUGUAUUGGUCCCCUUGUGCAGCUCAUUGUGUUAAUCUUAUAUUUCAAGAUAUUAGGAAGUUACAAGAAUUUACAGGUGGACGGGAAAUACUUCGUCCAGCUCCAACUCGGUUUGCCACUAAUUUCAUUGCUUUGCAAAGUAUUUUAGCUCAAAAGGAUCCUUUGAGAGCUAUCGUGACCUCUAAAGAAUGGACAAGCUCAGCUUAUUCCAAAGAAGCCAAAGCUAAGAAAUUUUUGGAUCAAGUCUUGGAUUCUAAAUUUUGGAGUGAAUGUACUGAUAUUGUUAAGCUUACUGAGCCACUUGUUCGUGUUUUACGUAUUGUGGAUAGUGAAGACAGAGCUGCCAUGAGUUUUCUUUAUCAAGCUAUUUAUAAGGCUAUAGAAGAAAUGGAUGCACAACUUAAGAAAAAUCUUCAUGCCGCUGGUUAUUGGUUAAAUCCAGCUUUUCGAUUUAAUGCUGCAGAAUUUGAAAAACACAAACAAACGACUUCUGGCUUGUUAGAUGUUAUUGAGAAAUAUGCUUAUGAUGAUCCUGUAUUGAAUUCUAAGCUGACAAGUGAGAAGAGGAUCUUUAAGAAUGCUAAACAAGAUUUUGGAAGACCAUCUACAAUACGUAAACGAACCACUGUUAUGCAAGAGCCAGAUCAUAUAAUUGUCAAGCCUAUUUCAAACUUAACCAGAGAUAAUCUUGGAGCUGCAUUCCCUUUCUUUUAUAUUGAGUCAAAGAAGUAUGAGAAAGUGCUAAGAAAGUACUUCUCUGAAGAGAAAGGACCAAUAACCAAUAUAGACUCGAUUGGCAAUUCACCUGUUAUUGUUGCCAAGGUAUCUUUCAAUUUGCUUCCGUAUAAAACUAAGUAUCUUCUAAGUCGUGUUUGA